AGAAGGGUUAAUUCUGCAGCUCCAAUGAAGAUAAGUGCGAUUGUAUUGCUCACACAAAGGCCUAUAUAUAGAAGUGCAUUGAUUCAUUUCAUUCCUUAAAUAGAAAUAUACACAUAGGCCUGUCAUUUAUUUUGCGGUUAAAUACUGCACAUUAAAAUUAUUUCAGCGAUAGUUUGGGGGAAGUUUUUUUUUUGCUUUUCGUUUUUUGGUUUGUUUUUUUAAUAUGCAGCUGAAGUUCGUGCCGCUCUAGCUGAAGUAAGAAACCAUAUCGUUAUAAUUUGGCAUUUAGCGAGCGGGCAAUGGGAUCGUUUUAAAUAUCGAAUUGAAUUUGAAGCGGAUAAUUGAAUUAGCUGUUUUAUUUCGUGUGUGGAGGGGGGUGGGUUUGUCUGUUUCCAGGCAUCUUUCAAUAUGAAUUUAAUUGGGAGCUGCCAGCACCACCAUAUGAUGCACGAAUCGUUUCCGUUUGUUCAGCGCUGUCGCCAGGAGAACCCCUAUUUCCAGAGCUGGGUACUGAACCACGCAGAGGUCUCCCCGGACUUUCCGAUCCAGCCUCCCUACAGCGCGGAGUUCGAGGUUCCGGGUGCUGCGCAGGAUCACAGCCAGUUGGAAGCACUUUCGGGGCGGCUGGGGAAGAGGAGAGGAGCCGGUCCCAAGAAGGAAAGGCGGAGGACUGAAAGCAUCAACAGCGCGUUUGCAGAAUUAAGAGAAUGCAUUCCAAACGUGCCCGCGGACACCAAACUGUCAAAAAUCAAAACCUUAAGACUCGCCACCAGUUAUAUUGCAUACCUAAUGGACGUGCUGGCCAAGGACUCUCUCUCCGAGGAAACGGAGGGCUUCAAGGCUGAAAUCAAGAGAUUCGACAACAGAGACACGAAAAGAAAACGAGAACCGAGCGAAGUCCAUCCGGGAUCGCUGGUGAACGGAAAGAAGCUGAAAGGCAGGACGGGCUGGCCUCAGCAGGUCUGGGCUCUGGAACUCAACCAGUGACGUGUGAGGGAGAUCUCGAGCCCACAUUUCACAUGGACUCCGAUAGAAUCCACCAAGACAAGCAGGCACUGCAUCGACGGGGAAUACAAGCGCGCACGCACGUGUGCGCAAUGAGAUACACCGGCACGUAGAAAUGUCACGCCAAACCAAGCAAUACACGAACACAGACAAGCGUGCAAGCAUCGACCACCUAACACGGAGCACUAUGAAUACACAGGUGAAGAAACCCACAAGGAGGAGAACACUUCAUUUACUCUCACCUUCAGUUUCAAAAGACUGAAAAUGCACGCUGCGCAUUCCAUUGGGUUGGGUUUCUUUUCGGUUUUAUACUAAAAUGUUGCAAGGACUUCAUUGACAAUAUAAUUGUUAAAAUGACAGGAUGCUGGAUGUUUGCAGAAUGGUUGUUCUUCAGAUGUAUAGUCUUCUCACUUUAGCAUUAGACGAUGAUGAUUAUUGAUAUUGUGAUUAUUAUAUUUGAUCAUCUGCUCGCACUGAAGCCCCGUUGUCGCAGCCGAGCGACGUGUUUGUUGUACCGUGUGCUGUUGCUGUUCAGUGUCCAGAUCUACCUCCGGUUUGUUACUCCACAAUUAUUAGAAAAUAAAGCAAAUAAAUAUGAGGUGCUGAAUGAAA